AUUAAUUCGUAAAUAUCGCUUAUUGGAAUUUCACAUUGGGUGCUUUGCCUAAUAAAACGGAGCCAUUACUCAUAAAUUUAGAAAAGAAACAAAAGUGGAAAUGGGCAAUAACGGCAGAGUUCUAUUAAACAUGGGAAUGAGGAGGAUGCCCUUAACGUCCCUUCGAGGCUUAUCUAUCUCCUCCCCAUUAUCAUGUCCCUCUUCCACUAAUCACCAUAUUUUCCCUAACAUUUUCAGUUUUUCCAAUAUCAAUAAAAGAUAAUUAAGAGAAAUGAGCAAUUCCCCAUUGGCUGGGGGCACCAUCACGACUCGUCGGAGACCGAUAGAUUUCAUCGAAUAUGCGGAGGAAAAUGGUAUUGGGAAAGUUAAUAUUGGGCAGCAUCAUCAUCAACAUAGAAGAACGUUGGUUAUAUCCCUAAUGAGACCAGGAAGAUACCUGAGCCGUUGGAUUUUUGCUGCAUUAAUGUUACUUAUGGUUUCCACCAUGUUUGUGAAGAUUAUUCUCAUACACAUAUUUCUUAGAGUUAAUGCCACCAUGAAUACUUCCCGUGAUUUCUUACAACUUCCACGUCACCUUAUGCAUGCACAGAGUAGUGAAAUUUGGGCAAACCACGGAAGUGAUAAGUAUUACAAAUGUGUAGAUCGAUCAAGUAAAAAGAUAAGAGACAAAAGUACGAGCAAUGGUUAUAUUUUAGCUCAUGCAAAUGGAGGACUUAACCAAAUGAGAACCGGGAUAAGCGAUAUGGUAGCAGUAGCAAAACUAAUGAAUGCCAGCUUGGUUCUUCCUUUGUUAGAUCACAAAUCCUUUUGGACAGAUCCUAGUGAAUUCAAAGAUAUCUUUGACUGGCAGCAUUUCAGAAAAGCUUUGGAAGAUGAUAUUGAAGUAUUGGAGUCUCUUCCUCCAAGUGUUGCAAAUGUGAAACCUUUCGUGAAGGCACCUGUUUCUUGGUCAAAGCCCAGUUACUAUAGUAGAGAUAUUCUGAAGAUAUUGCAGAGACACAAAGUAAUAGAAUUCACUCACACUGAUUCGCGACUAGCUAACAAUGGCAUCUCUCAUUCAAUCCAAAAACUACGAUGCCAUGCCAUGUAUGAAGCCAUUCGUUUUACUGAGAAAAUCGAACAACUUGGAGCAAAGUUAGUAAGCAGGCUCAAGGAAAAUGGUGAACCAUAUAUAGCUCUGCAUUUAAGAUAUGAGAAAGAUAUGUUGGCAUUCACAGGCUGCAAUCACAAUCUUACCAGAAAUGAAGCAGAGGAGCUUCGAAAAUUAAGGUAUAAAACUAAGCAUUGGAAAGAGAAACGGAUAAAUGGGACUAAAAAGAGGCUUCUCGGGGUUUGUCCCAUGACACCUCGAGAAGCUGCCAUUUUCCUAGAGGCGAUGGGAUAUCCAUCCAACACUAAAAUCUGCAUAGUUGCUGGAGAGAUUUUUGGCCAACAUGGAUUAAACGCUCUUCAAGAAAAGUAUCCAAAUAUAUAUUACCAUUCCAAUUUGGCAACAGAGCAAGAGUUGAAACCUUUUAUGCAAAGGCAUAAUCAGCUAGCUGCAUUGGAUUAUAUCAUAGCUCUUCACGCUGACGUUUUCUUCUACACCUAUGACGGGAAUAUGGCCAAAGCAAUUCGUGGUCACCGUGUAUUCAAAGGCUUUUGGAAGACCAUUAAUCCUGACAAGGAAAAUUUUGUUAGACUUAUUGAUGAAAUGGAAAACAAGAAGCUGACUUGGAAAGAAUUUGCAACUCAAGUCAGGGGCUUACAUGUAAACAGGACAGGGGCACCAAAUGGUAGAGUUGUUGGGCAAUCUCCAAAAAUGGAAGAAAAUUUCUAUGCAAAUCCUUUCCCUGGUUGUAUUUGUAUCAGAUCAAAACAGAAGAGUAGAUGAUUGCUGAGGUAUAGAAAGCAGUUCCUAAUUGCUUAUAGGCUUCCAAAGGCUAAAUUCUGAGAGGUGGAUGGAAAAGUUUAUGGUGAGCAAGAUUCUCACUUCUCAUCAGCCGCGCAGAGCCAAACAGAUAUUAAUUUGAUGGGUUCAACUUUUAAGUGGUACACUUAAAAAAUUAUGGGUUCAGAAUUUAUUAUUUGUUGACAUUUUAUUAAUUAAAUUCAAAUGUAUAUCUAUCUGUAGGUGUUGAAAAUACCGUUGAGUUGAACCAUAAAAUGUACAAGGUCCAUCUGCCUGCAGCCUCUGCAACAAACCGGUUAACUCAGAGCCCUAUCAGAUCGCUUGUAUAUAUAUUAUCUUAAGCUUGCCAGUUCUUCACUAAUUGUAUAUCAAGAAAUGGAAAAGCUAUAUAUCAAAGCACAAUAAUGCAAUAGACUCAAGCUUAUACAAAUCAGUGUACAUCUCAGUAAUUAGAUUAUCCAGGGAUGUCUAUUUUUUUUCUUAUUAGUUUAUUUAAGCAUGUUUAUUUGUUUCCAAAUCGUCUUUUGGGACAUGAAUUGAGGUUACUAAUCAAGGAGAAGAAUUGAGAAAGCCAAUAGAAACAGCUAAAGGAAAGUUCUGAAUUGAGGUUAUUUCUACAGAAAAAAGAGG